AAUAAGUAGUUGCAAAUAAAAUUUGUGAUAAAGUGAAGUUUAUUUUAUAUGUCAAUUUACUUUAUGUUUAUUUCAUGUAUCAUUUGUAAUGUACGAGCAUAACCUCAAAGUAACUUUUUAUAAUAUAACAAUUAUUACUGCACAAAGUAGUAAAAAUAAUGUUAUGCCAUAAAUUAAUCACAUUAUCGAUUUCGUGUAUAUUACGAAGUAGUAAACUGCAUAACAAUGUAAUUGUUUCUUUCACGAAAAGGGAUCUUUGGUGUUCAAGUAUCAUGCAUUUACCAGAGUCCAUACGUAAUAUCAAACAUUUAGGUGUAAAAAAAAUUAACAAGAAUAAAAUUUCUCCUGCGCUUUCCAAAUAUUUAGAAAAUAUCAAUCCAACAUUUAGAAAAAAGAUUAUAAAAGAUUAUACGUCAUUAAAUCUAAAACAUAUCAAUCCAUAUUUAAUAAACAAUGAAAUAAGCAAUGAGUUUGCUGCACUCAUUAAAGAUGAUUUGUUGGAAAAUAUGUCUUAUAUAAUUGAAUUAAAUCCUGGCUAUGGUUUAUUGACAAGAAAGUUGUUAGAAGCUAAUGUGCCAUUUAUACAUCUUUACGAAUGCCGUACUGAAUUUUAUCUUGAACUACAAAGAUUGGAAAAGAUUUUUCCUGAUCGUUUUAGCAUAAGUGAUACAGAUCUUCAGAAUAUAUCUAGAAUGUUGAAUUUAAAAGCAACAUCUCACGUGUUUAAUAAUCCUAAUAAAUAUAUAUGUGAAUUGUUUACUAAUGUACCAAAAAGGAACUGGGAAGAGAAAAGUUGUAUGCAAAUAAUUGGAAUUGUAAUUAGGUUUUCAUUUAUAAGACAUUUAAUACUGAGUGUAAUAUUUCAAACAGGCUUUAUGAUGCAUGGAAGAGCAAUUUUUUAUCUUGCAUUAUCACCAACUAUAUGGAAUAAAUUGAUGCAUCAUAGUAAAAAAGGUUUAAUUACACACAUUAUGUUUAGAACAUUGUUUAAUUAUACAGUGUUUGGUACAUUAGAUAGAAAAGGAUUUCUGCCAUGGCAAAAUAUUAAAAAAUCAAACAUUACAGAGAAUCAAUUCUUUUAUGUUGUAAAAUUAGAACCAAAGCCUAAUCUUUUAUCAUUAUUUGGUGAAAAGGAAGGUGUAAUAUAUUUUUGGCAUUUUAUUCGACAAUAUUACCAUAGGCCAACAUUGAGGCUAAUACCGUCAUUAGAGAAAAUAAUACCAGGUUUUGGUAUGAGAUUAAUAGAAAAAAAUUAUAAUAUAUUUACUGAAUUUGGAGAAUUAAAUACUAAUCAAAUUAUUGAUAUUUAUAUGGAACUUAAAUCUUGGCCAGGAUUUAAAGAAAGUGCUUUCUUACCAAGUGCUAAUAUAAUUAGGAAAAUAUAUGAUCCACACGUUAAUAUGCAGGAGAAUGAAGUUAACCAGUUAUGAAUGUGAUAUUUAAUAAACAUAAAAUAUA